AAUGUCAGGACAGAAUUUGAUUCCUGAUAUCCCUGGGGAGGAUUGCUGCAUGGAGGGCUGUGAAGAGCUGUGUGCCUCUUGAGAGCUACCAAUGGAGCUGCUGAAGGGACUGCCAUGGAGCCGUGCUUUUCUGGCUGUCAUCCUGAACCUCCUGGCUCUCAGUCUCUCCACCACUGCCUUGCUUGGCAGCUACUGGUGCACCGGAACCCAGAAGGUGCCCAAGCCUUUGUGUGGGAAGACCAAAACCACCAAGUGCAUCCGUGUCCCCAUGCCACCUGAUGAAGGUGCUAGCAAUGUUUCAUACCAGGAUGUGGUGCACUACAGCUGGGAGACCGGGGAUGACCGCUUUGCCUUCAGAUACUUCCACACAGGGAUGUGGCUUUCCUGUGAAGAGAGCUUGGAAGGGCCAGAGGAGAAAUGCCGUAGCUUCAUUGAGCUUUCACCACCCGCAGAGAGAGGAAUCUUGUGGCUGUCACUGGGCUCAGAGAUGCUGUACAUCAGCUUGCUGCUCAUCAGCUUCAUCCUCCUGAUGGUGGAAAUGCUGCAUACUAGCAAUCCUGUCUGUGGGCUGAAGCUCAAUGCCUUUGCUGCUGUCUCCUCAGUGCUGUCAGGUCUCCUUGGGAUGGUGGCACACAUGAUGUACAGUCAGGUCUUUCAGGCAACAGUUAAUCUAGGACCAGAGGACUGGAGACCUCACUCAUGGGACUACGGCUGGGCUUUCUACAUGGCCUGGGUCUCCUUCACCUGCUGCAUGGCCUCUGCUGUCACCACUCUCAACACCUACACCAAGACAGUGCUGGAGUUCAAAAGGACCCACAUCAAGGGCUAUGAUGGGAGCUUUAUGAAUCAACCUCAGCACCACCAGUGCUUCAUACAGAAGCAAAUAAGCAGCUACUACGAGCCCCAAAACAGGCCUCUCCAUUCAGUCUCUGAGGGAAUCGACUUCUACUCCGAGCUGCAGCAGAAAGUGCUAAAGCGGGAACCAGAGCUGGAAAUGGAUGAGGUUUUGGCACAGACAAUUGGGGAGGAUUGCUGUUGA